GGUUGUGGGUGGGAGAAGUGAGGUCGAGCUCUAGUCGGUUGCCCAGCCUAGAUAACAACAAAGAAGUACGUUGGUCGGGUUGUGCGGUCGGACGGUGACUACUGUGAAUGGUCCCAAAUUAGAGUAAAUGAGAAAGUCAAAGAAGGAAGGUAGAUAACGGCGGAGAGAGAGAAAGAGUUUUGGGCAUAUCAAAACCAGCUCGAACUAAGAAAAUUUCUAGGCGAGCCCCAUCACCAUCAUUUCAUUCCUACACCACCACCACCACCACGGCAAGUAGAACCUCCACCACCAAAGAAAGAAGUGAAAGGCCCAAACGAAGCAGACCAGGCAAGGGAAAGCAAAUGAGAGAAAGGAUGGAUGCCACCACCACCACGGCCACCAUUGCCACCAGAAGAACCAGAAACAGUAGUUGCCCCACUUGGCGUUUUUACGUCGCCUGCCUGGCCUGCUCCUCUUGCCUGAUUCUGCGUACAAUAGCCAUUAUAUACGGGAUAAAAUUCUGCAGAGUAUGUAACCCUGCUGAAACAACGGAGGUCCACACACUGGUCGGUCGGUCGGCUGGCUAGCUGUGGGUCUUGGCCAUCCGUUUGGUGCUGGUUUGGUGCCCCCGCAUUCCAUUAGAGAGGAGGAGAGAGAAGAACAAUAACAAUAAUGCUCAACUUGCUCGCGUCUUCCUCUCUCCUUUGUUUAUGGGCUGAUCUGCCAGGCAACAACCAUCAUCGCCUCGUAUUCAUGAGAGUCUCCAAUUAUUGAAUGCAUCUCGCACGGGCCGUCCCAUCUCGAAUAAAUCCACGAAACUUCCGAGGUAUCUGGCAGUGUGUCUCAUUUAGCAAUAACCCAUUUGCCAGCAGCACAGGACCCACGGGGGGAGAGACCGUGCCCAGUUAUGUACCAAAUACCAUGCCUGCCUGCAUCAUCAUCCUCUCUCAUUCCCUCGUCGUCCUCUCUGCUUUUGUCUCCGCUCCAGAAUUAGAAUUAGUAUGCUGAGCCACAUGCCUGCGAACUUUCUCUGUUUCCUCCCAGUCCAAAUUAAUACAACUGCUCAUCCCAUUGAGGCAGAGGCAGGUAGCAGAAGCAACCAAGCAACGUGAGCAGGAUGAAUGCCGUCGACUAAUGUGUGCCUCCUUUCUCUUCUUGGUGGUGGUGGUGGUCCUGGCGGAUGGCUCAGCACUUUCCCCAGCCAGCACCUUCUUCAUAGCUCGUUAUUUCCUUGGCAUAGGUCUUCUUCUUCUCCCCGAAGAACGUACGUGGUUGGUUACGUUGCUCCUUUCUCUUUCUCUGCAUAAAAUUAUUCAAUUCCAGAAGAACCCGGCGAGUCAGCCAGCCAGGUGGGUGAAAGUAAGUGCAAGUGUCACUUUCUUUCUUCCUUUCCCCCCGUAUCCAGCACCAAAUUGACAACCGCAGAAACCUUCUUGGGCACCGUGCCAUUCCAUUUUCUGUGGAAAAUGGAUUCUCAAAGUUUUGCCAACCAACCGACGCGACACAAUUUCUCUCUCCAAUCAAUAAAACUUUCAAUCACAUUUCUGUAACUUAUUUAAUAAAAAAUGCAGCUCAUCGUCGUUUUCCUACUUUCUUUUUCGGAGGAAUUGAGAGAGGAAUUGAGAGGAUGGCAGUUUGGUCGUUGGUGCUUUCUUUCCUUCCUUCCGGCAGCAGCGGCGGCGAACGACUUGGAUGGAGCAGGUAGUAACGCACCACUACAUUCCCAUCCCGUUCGGAAUCUGGCAGUUAAGUGGGGACAAAUGAGGAUGGCAAGUGGAAUGAGAUGGAUUCCAAGAGCACUUGAGAACUCGAGUUAGUUAGUGAAGUAAAUUCUAUCGCCCGAAAUGGCUUGUUGACUUCAAAAAAUGCUUACUCGUACAGAGAAGAAGAAGAGAUGGUUGUUGGUUGUUGUAUUAUGAAGUCCGCCUGCUCUUGCUUCUCAUCCGCCUCACAAAUUGGAAUGCCUCUGACGGAAAUGUUUUCUGGGGAAAAUUAGUAGUGAAAUAGAAUUUUAAAUUCAUCUUAAGAGCUGUAGAGGAACCGGAAAAAUCAUUUGCUCUUUUAUUGUCAAGAGACCCAGCACUCAAAAUUUACUGCCGCUCCCUGUCGACUAAUUACGAACAGAAGCUUAUUUCCAGAACUGAGAGAUUCUUCUCGAGGCAGCUACGUCAUGCUAUCUUCUUAAGACCAGUGGCCGCGGAAGGUGUGGGGACAUGAGGAACAUUAUCAUUGGGGAGAUGAUGGGGACAUCGAAUAACCGUGGGGCCAUUGUCCCUCUGUCCCCACGCUUCCGCGACCACUGCUCAUGACCCACUCUCCUCUGGGUUGUGGGGUGAGUUUCGAAGAAUAAAAUUAGAUUAACCUCUCUCUCUCUCUCUUUACUUCUUCCUCCUCCUACUUCUCGUCCUCCGGGGACUUCGGACCGGGUGGAGUGUGUCAAGUUAUCAUCCGCUCCGCCCCUUAGUGUGGACGGUUUUAUUGCGAGCACCAUGAAUUUAAAUAAUGGACUUCUUUCCCUAUACACUGGGAAUAUAACGAUGUCCAUGCAGCUAUUCAAGAACAAAGGAAUGUCAACCUUUUGCUCUCUCCUCAUCAAGCAGCAGAGUUCCUCUCAGAACGACCUGUAAUUGCUCAACUCUCGCACUCAAAGCGCAGUAAUGACCGUUAUGGAACGAGGCUGGCUGUAGGAUGAUGACCACUCACCCAUAAAUUCGCAUCUCGGCAAGUCACUCACUCCCCGACCCACCCACCUUCUCCGAGAUGUUGGGCAUAAAGGCACGUCGUCGGUAUUUGAAGUACAAGUUCAAGCCGCGUGGUUUAGGGCCAAAAAGUGCCAAAAAGCUCAAUAAAAGUUUAUGCAGCAACCUAUUAAUAUUUACGAAUCAAGACUUCCAACCUCAACCCUUUCUCCUUGCUGCUCAUUUAAUUUUAACAAUUUCCUACCCACAGUUUCUUAACUUUCCGCUGGGACAGGUCCGCCUUUCAGAAGGUAGGACAACCAAGUAGGGAAAUUAUGUUUGGAAACUGGGAGUGGAACGGAAUAAUGGCGUCCUUCGUAAUGAGGUUUAAAUAAACGAUAUGAUGAACCUACAUGGGAAAACUCGCUUUUCGGUAGAACAAUAGACCACCAAGAUGUAAUAGAGCAGAGGUCGUCAAAAUUCAAAUCUGUCUAUCCAUCCAUUAUCUACGGAGUUAGAGAGGCCUCUGAUUGAACUGACAUUUGUAUUACGUACGUACGUAAUACAACCAGGCAGCAAAACCGCAGAUAAUUAAAAGACAACUAAACACAAGGGUUUCAUGAAAAGCUUCCACUUUUCACAAGUCUUUGAAGAGGAGAGAGAGAGAGGAUUGUUUGUAAAAGUGGGUUUUCAUGAGACACAGGACAACGACGACGACGACGAAUACGAUGACGGUGGAACAAUGGGAGGUUGAGUGGAUAAAUGUGGGACUGAUGGGUUUGUUUGAUGAAAGUGGAAAUCAAUAGGUUUCUGAUAUGAGGCAGACAGAUGAUGUUGGAUUGGAAUUUUGGAAUGUAUAUUGUACAAUACACCCGUUAUAAUAAAGGCCUGUCGUCGUAUUUAGGGAGGGAGGGCAGGUGGGCUUUAAAUAUUUUAAGGACAUGCCGUCUCUCGAGGACAUAAUAUAUCAUGAAAUGUCCUCUACAUUCUCGACGUGUAAAUGUACUUGUGAUUGACUUUCUCUCUCUUCUUGUGGUUAAUGUCCAUUGUUCUUUUUUCUGUUCGCAUUGCUUUCUCCUCCUCCGACGCUCACCAAACCAUCACACAAACACAUGUCCAGGCAAAAAAAGAGUCGCAGCGACCUAACCCCCGCUCCACGACAUUAACUUCUUCUUCUUCUUCCCCACCCCUCCUCCUCCCCUUUUAGAAAGAAAUGAUGUCUCUACUCUCGUCCAUUAGGACGGCUGGUACGAGCAAAGGGCCCGCUGGAAGUCCUGGAAGUUCCACUGGAAAUGCGACCCCAGAGUCGAAAACCCCUCCCGUGCAGAACAAGACCCUCGGAGGUGUCAAGUCCGACCAACACCCCGCGAUGGCGUUCUGGCAAAACCGAUCAAUAUCUUUGGUGGAUAUGUACAUCGAUAACUCGGAGGCGGCUGACUCUGUAGGCCAAAUCAACUUUAGUCUCGAGUACGACUUUGAGAGCACAACACUUAUCUUGAAAAUAAUUCAGGGAAAAGAUCUUCCAGCGAAAGAUAUAUCGGGAACAUCCGACCCUUACGUGCGAGUGACACUGCUUCCAGACAAAAAGCAUCGGUUGGAAACCAAGAUCAAGAGACGAACCUUAAAUCCAAAGUGGAAUGAGACUCUAUACUUUGAAGGUUUUCCCAUCCAAAAACUUCAAAGCCGAGUUUUACAUCUCCAUGUGUUCGACUAUGACCGCUUUUCUCGAGAUGACUCGAUUGGGGAAAUAUUCCUUCCACUGUGUCAGGUGGAUUUUUCGGAAAAGCCCACAUUUUGGAAGGCGUUGAAGCCGCCAGCAAAGGACAAGUGUGGCGAGCUCCUCGUGUCCCUCUGCUACCAUCCCACCAACAGCACUCUCACCCUCACCCUCCUCAAGGCCAGGAGUUUGAAAGCCAAAGACAUCAAUGGGAAGUCAGAUCCGUACGUCAAAGUUUGGCUCCAGUUUGGUGAAAAACGAAUCGAGAAACGAAAGACACCCGUUUACAAGUGCACUUUGAAUCCAGUUUUCAAUGAAACCUUCACUUUCAACGUGCCCUGGGAGAAGAUCAGAGAAUGUUCUUUGGACGUUUUAGUAAUGGAUUUUGAUAAUAUUGGUCGUAACGAACUCAUUGGACGGAUUAUGUUGGCAGGGAAGAAUGGAACUGGAGCAUCGGAAACGAAACAUUGGCAAGACAUGAUCACGAAACCGAGACAAACCGUGGUUCAGUGGCAUAGGCUGAAGCCGAUGGAUUGAGAGAAGAAAACGCUUGAGAACUUGAUGGGUGACAGGCUCAAACCGGAGUAGUUGCUGUCUAGAAGAAUGAGAGAAAAAAAAUUGUAUAUUUUUGUGCGUAUUCUACUACUACUAACCUAUCUUUAAAAAAAGAACAAAAAACUCUUCUGUAGUAUUCUCUUCAUCUCGAAUAUUUUCAUCAGAAAUGAAGUGGCGUGAAAUCGACUUUCCCUUCGUGAUGGCUUCCAAUUUCUGAGUGACAACACAUCCACCACCCUACAUGCCCCGCCAAUGAGAUCGAUGUCAAAGUCAAAGGUACCAUUAAAAUGAGAUCGCGACAGAGAUGUAGUUAUUAUAUGCUGACGGACGGAAAUUCUGAGAGCAGUCUUUAUGUCGUCGUCCUCUCCUCCUCGUCCUCUCGUUGUCCUCGUCGUCGUCAGUGAUUUUCAUUACUAAAAGUUUAUUGCGACCACUUUAUUAGGAGUCUCCUCCCCCCAACAUAGUCCACUCAUACAUACAUUCAACGUAUCGUAAAUGCGAUGUGGCGACGAAAGAUGCAUGACUUUUAAGCGUUGUACAUAAAAGAGCAGCAGCACCAGCAGAAGAUACCGACCACGACGACGAUGUACAUACAACAAGCAGGCUUGUGAAACAAUCAAAGUUACAUUUAUUACCGUAAUGUAACUACCCAUCUGAUACCCGCAUAUAGAUAGAUAAGUACAUACCUGUGUGUGUAAUAAGAUAGCUAACUACACAAUAUCUAGUCACAUAGAAUACGAGAUUUUACGACGAGUCACAACUUUAUAUAGCCCAUCUAGCUUUAUAUCUGCAUCCUAAGUAGUAGUGUUAAGGAGAGGUAAUGUAUUAUUGCUAUUAUUACUACGUAACCAAUAGCCAUUCAGUCAACCCCACGUCAAAAAACAUCAUCAUUUCCAGGAAGAAGGAAAAGAAUUCCGGCUUAAUUUUCUCUCUCUGCGAAAAAAAAUCUAAGCUUUCACCAAAUGCGUACGCGAAUUAUGUAGGUAAUAAAAUAAGUUUUUACCUAUCGAUACAUACAAAAAACGUAGGUACAUACAUCUGCAUCAUAUUUACCUACAAUAAAAUACAGGCACACAAAUCUCUCGAGAAAUUUAUUGUUCUCCUUCUCUUCUGGAAAUGAUUCGUUUAAUUGGACUCGUACACGUUGUGGUGUACACAAAUUUGCUAUAUAUAUCUGUUAGUAGAAUGGUAACUUAUAAUGAUAACUUGUAUAAUGAUAACAUUAUCUCAACCAACCUAUACAAUCCUCUACAGGCAAUCAACCAAACCACCAACACGUAAAUAAGUACAUACGUCAGUCAGACUUUUUAAUCUAUAGCGACUACUCAUAUGUACAUACAUACAUGACCCGAAGGGCUCAUUUGAUGAUCAACUACCGUGACAAUCAUAGAUAUCUAUUUAUUAAAGUCGUUUCAAUUAAGUUACUAAUUCGUCAAAACAAAGAAGAAAAUACUUACUUAUAAAAGCGAGGGGAGAGAAAACUAAUUAAACUUUAGGCUACAUAAGUACAGUAUAUACGGACGUAUGUAUGUAGGUAUUUCUAAAUAAGAUAAGUACAAUAUCUUCUAUCUUAACAUUAUUUGCUACGUACUACGACCACAAAAAUGAAGAUGCUGUUUAAUUUAAUAUUUCAGACUUUAUCCAGCUAUUGCAUUACUGUUAGGACGACGUUGUUGUUGUAAUGAAGAUGGAUUGAAUUGAAACGAACGAAUGUUAUUAUCUUAAGAGAAAUUCGUCUUUAUAAGCAGAACACAUUACUAAUUCAUGUCACCGUCAUUUCGACAUAUUACUGUCAUGUCAGUUAUCUAAAUGUCACACACACACUAACCACUUUCUCCUCGUGCAUGUAUACCUACUGCCUGCCUGCCAGUCUACGUAUACAUAUAUACAUACCUACCUUACCUACUCACUUUUACUUGGUGGAGAUGUGGGGAACGUUUUCGAGGAGGAAAUUGUCCCGAUAUGUAUAAUAUUCUCUCAAUUCAUUAAAUUUGAAUCCGCCACUGGGCGAGAGAGGAAUGACAGUUUUAUUUCGGUAACAUAUUGUCCCAGUGUGGAAGAAAGGUGCAAAAAGUAUUAUUUAUGUCGUCUUGUUCCAGAUUCCAUCUCUUUUUCUAGGCAUGCAUACACAUUCGUCGACGGCGUCCUCCUGCUCCUGCUCCUCGUUCGUUCGCAUGAACUAGUUUUUGACUCCGGAUGCUUUCUGACAUUUCAAAUUGACAAUGUUGCAAGCCGAGACAGACUUUUUUAUCCUCUCACUCACCACCAAAGAUCGAUACAUUUAUACACAUACGUACAUAAGUAAAGAUGAAAAAAAAGAAGAAAAAAGACGACAGAUUUUCAUGUUUCCCAAAAUCCAAUACAGUUUGAAAGCAACAACACAGUGCACUAAAUAUUAUCCAGAGAAGAGAGAGAGAUAAGAAGGUUUUCUUUCACCACCAGAAUCACAUUCACCUGCCAGAACACCACACCGUUUUUGGAGGAAUGUUCUCAGAGAUUUUUAGGGAUCAUACGUAUAUUAGAUAAACGUUAUAUGCGAUGAGAUAUCAUACUUAUCCGUAGAUUGUCAUCGGCACGAUACAACACACGUAAAAUAUAUUGAGUAAGUAACUCUAUAGUGCAGCACGUUAUGUAACACAUCGUGAUUAUUAUUAUUAUUAUUAUUAUGGAUGAUCAAAGCAUCCAUUCAUUCAUUAAAUAGUUGAAUAGAGUUCGUUCCACCUUAACGACGACUUUCCUCCACUCCAAGGCUACAUACAUAUUUACAUAUUAUACAAAGAAAGCUAGGCUAGCAUAUUUCUUAGAAAAUGCGUACUUUUUAUUAAAUACGUAAUCAUGGCUUGAUUAUUGAUUCAUGAUGAUGAUGAAACCAAUUCCGAAUUGGAUCUUACCUAUUGUACAUAUUAUAUUUAACUAGUUAAUUGUUACAUGCAUACAUACAUAAUCGUCGUCGUUACGUAAAUGAUGCCAGUUUGCCGUACCUGUUCGUCGCUAUUAUCUAUUAUAACUUUUAUUUUAUACCCUUGAAGAAAAAAAAAGCUCUUAUACAUAAAUUGCUGCCGACUGUCUAAAAAAAUGAAAACAACAUUUGACCAAUGCACGAAUCAAAAGGCCUCUAUUUAAUCUAUUACAUAACAAAAAAAUGCAGAAGAUACAUAAUUAUUAAUUUGUGAAGAAAGUUUUAUUUUAUCUGGGGAAGAAAAAAAAAGUCCUGUUAUCCUGUCACCCAAAAAAAUAUACUGUCCUCCUCUAUUUAAUACCUAAUUAGCUAAAUACCUACUAAACCUAUCUACCUGGUCUCUGGUUCUACAUACUUCACAAGAAAAAAAUAUAACACUUUCUACACUAACUAACUAACUAGCAAAAAAAGAGAAAGUCUUUACAUGUGAUAGAUGUAUUGUGUCCGUUUUUUUCUUCAAAAAGAAACGGUGUACGUACCAUAUUUUACGUCAUGUGCCAAUCAUCAUAUUAAAAAAAACUGUUAAUGAUCAUCAUUCUUUACCAAAAAUUGCACACACCAGCAAAAACGACGAGUCCUAUAUUACCUAAAGAAACUACGUAGUCUCCAAUGUUCCAACUUUCUCGUUGGCUCAUUAGUAGUUAGCCAAACCACCAAAUCAUACCACGCAGAAUAACGGGUAAAAGGCCAAAUUCGCAAAUUCAAUUUUAAAGAAAACCAAAUGAAAAUUUCUGCUUUUUCGUUGUUAUUAAAUAAGGUACAUACAUAAGUCCUACAAGAAUUGUGUAACAUACGUACGCAAAAAAAAACACCAAAAACUGUUUGUGUUACUAUAAAUAUAUUAUAUUUAUGACGAUUAUUAUUCUUAUGAUGAUUACUUCUUAUCAAUCGACGACGACAAUGUACUUGUUCUUGUUCUUAUACAAUGUUAUAUCGUCUGCCAGGAAUACGUGUUGAAGUAUGCAAAAAAAAUUUGGCUUGAGUUAUUCGCUGUCAUAUUUUUCGGAGACAUGGCAUUUUGUUCAAAGUAAGUAAAUUUUUAAUCACUGCUAUAUAUUCAAAGAGAAGAAGAAGAAAAAGAAGUGAAAGCAGUGGCACAAAUCAUAAAAAUGAGACUUGGUCUGUCACAACAUAACGCAACAGUAACAACUAUUUUGAGUCAAGAGUAAUUUAUUCAAGAGUUAAAUAUUGUUCGGCUCUUUAUCAUAUGUAACAAAUUAUUACAUAAUUAUGUGAUAAGUAAGUAACUCAAUGAAGAAAAUGAACGGUAUAUAAAAUAAAUUUGUUUAAUACGUA